UAAAUGGGAUAUCCGAGAAGCAAAAAUACAACCAAAACAUCGGGAAACACCUGGAUUUACAGUUGCAUUUUGCCAGAAACAGCUUGUAAUCAUGUUUUUUAAAUAGAAAUUUAUAUAUAUGUGUAUUUAUAUUAGGGCUUCGGAAAUAUUUUAAUGCUUUAAGAAUAUUAUUUAUAUUUUAGUGUACAGUACAGUGCUUAGAAGAGUGGCUUGUCGGGGAUAAACGGAUCAAGGUUUGUGCGAUUUUGCUAAAAUGCAUCAUCAACAGCGAAUGGCUGCCUUAGGGACAGACAAAGAACUGAGCGAUUUACUAGAUUUCAGUGCGAUGAGAAACAGCGAUUUGAAAAUGUUCCCAACAUCAAUGAUGUUUUCCCCCCCUGUAAGCAGUGGAAAAAAUGGACCAACCUCACUUGGAAGUGGAAAUUUCGCAGGCACAAGUCAGGAAGACAGAACAAGCUCUGGGUCAUGGUGUAAUGGUAGUCGUCCCAGUCCAUCAAGAAACUAUGCAGAUGGUUCUCAGUAUAACCACAUGGCUAACCGGGACCUUGGCUCACAUGAUAGCAUCUCUCCUCCUUAUGUGAAUUCCAGACUAGCAGGUAAAACAGACAGAGGAUCCUAUCCAUAUGGAAGAGACUCCAGCUUGCAAGGUUGUCACCAGCCAAGUCUCCUGGGAGGCGAGAUGGGUUUGGGCAGUCCAGGCGCUCUUUCACCUACAAAACCAGGUUCCCAGUAUUACCAGUAUUCAAGCAAUAACCCCCGAAGGCGAUCACUGCACAGCGAUUCCAUGGAGGUUCAGACAAAAAAGGUUCGGAAAGUGCCUCCUGGGUUGCCAUCCUCAGUAUAUGCCCCUUCUGCAAGCACUGCCGAUUAUAACAGGGACUCCCCGGGAUAUCCGACGUCCAAACCACCAACCAGCACCUUUCCUAGCUCUUUUUUCAUGCCAGAUGGUCAUCACAGUACUGAUCCAUGGAGUUCUUCUAGUGGGAUGAACCAGCCGGGCUAUAGUGGAAUGCUAGGAAACUCAUCACAUGUUCCUCAGACCAGCAGCUACUGUGCCCUGCAUCCACACGAACGAUUGAGUUACCCAUCACACACAUCAACAGACAUCAAUUCCAGUCUUCCUCCUAUGUCCAGUUUUCAUCGCAGUGGUUCUAACCAUUACAGCGCCACUUCAUGUACACCACCUACCAAUGGAACAGACAGCAUUAUGGCAAACCGAUCAGCAAGUGGGACAGCUGGCAGUUCACAAACAGGGGAUGCGCUGGGAAAGGCACUUGCAUCAAUCUACUCUCCAGAUCACACGAACAACAGUUUCUCAUCAAAUCCGUCAACGCCUGUUGGUUCACCUCCUUCUCUCACAGCAGCAGGAACAGCUGUUUGGUCAAGGAAUGGAGGACAAGGACCAUCAUCGCCAAGCUAUGAAGCACCAUUGCACUCUUUGCAAAGUCGUAUUGAAGAUCGCUUGGAAAGGCUGGAUGAUGCCAUUCACGUUCUUCGUAGCCAUGCAGUAGGACCUUCCACUGGAAUGCCCAGUGGUCACAACGACAUGCACAAUUUAAUAGGACCAUCACACAACGGCGCGAUGAGUAGCCUUGGAUCUAGCUAUGGAACGGGGCUGCUGUCAGCUAAUAGGCAUUCUCUUAUGGUGGGAUCACAUCGUGAAGAUGGAGUUGCAUUACGUGGCAGCCACACAAUUGUGCCAAACCAAGUGUCUGUGCCACAGCUUCCAGUACAAUCGGCGACAUCACCUGAAUUAAACCAGUCACAGGAUCCUUACAGAGCUCUUACAGGUGGACUUCAGGGACAGAGCACAUCUUCUGUAAGCUUAGAUGUCAAAUCUGAAGAUGAAGGCGAUGAAAAUCUUCAGGAUGCUAAAUCCCUAGAAGACAAGAAAAUGGAAGAUGAUAAGAAGGAUCUCAAGUCAAUUAAUAGGUCAAGAUCUAGCAAUAAUGAUGAUGAGGACCUUUCACCAGAACAGAAAAUAGAGAGGGAAAAAGAACGUCGGAUGGCAAACAACGCUCGAGAGCGGCUGCGUGUGCGUGACAUCAACGAGGCCUUUAAGGAGCUGGGACGCAUGGUACAGCUGCACCUAAAGAGCGACAAGCCACAGACCAAGCUCCUUAUCCUGCACCAGGCCGUGGCAGUCAUCCUGAGCUUGGAGCAGCAAGUCAGAGAGAGAAAUCUCAAUCCCAAGGCAGCCUGUUUGAAAAGGCGAGAAGAAGAGAAGGUCUCCUCUGAUGCAACCCCUCUAUCCUUGGCAGGCCCUCACCAUGGAAUGGGAGAUGCAUCUAACCCCAUGGGACAAAUGUCCAAGUUGCCAGAGUUCUUCAGAAUGAUGAGUGACCACUUCCUUUGACAGUCUCAUUCUUUUAUUCCCACAAAAAAAGCCACACUUUUCCUGCCCAUUUUCUUAUGUAAAAUAGAGACAAAUGCAAGUAGCCUAGAAACACGAAACAGGAGGGGUUUUUUCUGCAUUCCCAAUAUUAUUAAAGUGCAACUUUGGUGAGCGACUCUCUAAACAUAUCAUUAGGAAUGUUCCAACAAUGUUGCAAGCUGUUCUGCACAGCCCAGAGACUGAAUGGCAAUCUUCUCCACACUGUGGAACAAUGCAUUUGUGCCUGAACUUUUGGAAAAAAAAAUAUAAUCAAUUUGUAAGUCUUGAGAAAAAAAUAUUUAAUUUAAAAAAAAAAAAAAAAUUGUAAAACUUGCAAUAAUGAAAAAGUGUACUUCAAAAAUAGUAAAAAGACAACAAAAGUACAAUAUUUGUUGGUGUUCUAGUCAGCUAGUGUUUCUAUUUACUGGAGAAUAAAGAGAAGCAUUGCUGCCCAUAUAGCUACUUAAACCAGCAAAUGUCCUGAUUAUAAAUAUAGCGGUAUCAUUAGCCAUUCCUUUGCAUGGGAAGAGCAGAUGGAUCUUAUGAGCACAGGGGAGAAAGGCAAUAUUUUUUUUUCUUUGUUUUUUUAUUUUCUUUUGUUUCUUAUUUGCUGGUUGUUGCUGUCAUACAGUACGAGUAAGAAUCAACCUGGGUUAAUUGGGUUAAACGCAUUUAUUUUUUGGACUUUUUUUAUUGGGGAGGGUAGGCUAUGAAUUUUCAAACUUAAUUUGGUUCAAAGCUUACAUUAUUUAUUUUUUUCCAUACUGUCCACAAGAUCUGCAUUUAUCUUUUUAAGGAAAGCGCUGCAGACAUUGAUGUGGCUAUGGAUGAAUGAAAUUUAUUUUUUGACCUGAUGGUCCACCGUUUUUUUUGGGUUUUUUUUGUGCCUUUUGUAUUUAUUUUUUUUGCCCUCCCACUCUAUCCCAUGCCCAACCCCACCUGAUGCCCAUCCCCACCCUACCCGACCCAGAGAUGCAAUGUUAAGAUGCUACAGUUUUACCAAUGUGCCUUUUAGAGUUAUAUCAUUCAAGGGAAGGAGGAGGAAGAGGAGGCGUAUAUCUAAACUUCUUAGGAUGCAAAGCUUAGGAAACUUGUUAGUCAUUAGGUCUAUGCAGUCAGGUUUUUUUUAAAGCCUGGAAAAAAAAGUAUUUUUUGGAUAAACUGUAUUUAAUGUACUGUAUGCUUAUAUGUAAUUAGAAGACAUGUUCCUGAAUGACCCUAUUUGAAAAACUGACCCUAAGGUGCAGCCCAAUUUCCUACAUAGUGGUAUACAUGUCUAUAAAUGAGCAUUGUAAAUUUGUUUUAAGAUUCAGUAAAGGCUUUUGACAAAGCCACAGUAGUCCUCAGUACAGUAUGUGGUUGUAUGUGUCGGUUUGGGUUUAGUAUGUACUGGUUUUACUUGUCAAGGAAACUGUAAAUGCUGCAGCACAGGCGACACCAGUGGUAUAUACUGUUUCAAAAAAUCCGAUCAAAAUGAGCACCACAGCUGGACGAACAUGACGUAAACAGAGAAUGCUUUGCCUAUGGAGACACAUGGAAGUUGACUAGUUUUCUUCCAUUUGAUUGGGCAAAAGCACCUCUGUGUGACUUCUGAAAACUGUAGAAGGUGUUGAACAUUUUAACUGCCAUGGAAGCUGAUGAUGCGGCUUUUCAUAGCACGACAUAAAAGUACACACCUUCAUCCACCAGUGGGAGGCGAAAGACAUCCAUCUGCUCUACUUACUGCCAAUUAGCUGUUUAAUGAAACACAUUUGUAAAUUUUAUGCAACAAAUGCAAACUUAACCAUUAUUUUGAAAUUGUGUAUGUAAAAGUUAUAUUUUUACAUGUAGACUCUUGUUAUUAUGUGUUUAGAAAACGUUGUAUCAGUUUUUGUUAAACAAAAAAAAAAAAGAAUUGAAUUCAGUGUGUGUUGAAAAAUGUGUCACAUUGAAAAUGUAGUGAGAUUCAAGCUUCAAAAACAUUUUUUUUCUUUA